GUUAGUCGCCAUUUUGAGAAGUUCGACCUGCAAACACCGGCAGGAGGUGAUUGCGACGCAGCAGACCUAUAACGUAUUUGAUAUUUUAAUAAUAGUUUUCGCUAAAAUAAGAAUCAAUGUCUCGAUUUAACAAUAAUCGCGGCGGACUUGGGAUGAAUCAUUUCCAACAACGCAGAGGCGGUGGGCCUGGCGGCCCGAUGCGGGGUGGAGUAAUGGGAAACCCGAAUUUCAGGAAUCAUCCAUUUCAAAAUCAGAACCAAAAUCGGAGGGGACCAAAUAAUAACUUCAACAAACCGCCUAAUCAGGGACCACAGACGACUCCCCAUAAGCCACAACAGACCCAGUCGUUGCCUAUCAUUCCUCCACCGAGCCCCGGCCCCGCUCUCACGAUGAAGGGCCCGAUGCAGCAGCAACAGAAACCGGUACAGCAACAGAAACCGACAACUCCAGCGCCUCAACCGAAGAUUCAGUCCCCACCGCCGAAACCUAACAUGACCUCCCCUCAACCGAAUCAGGCAAACAAGAAUCAGAACCAGCAGCUGAAGUCACCGGUAGGAAACGCUAACGGACAGCAGCAAAAGCAGCCCCCACACCCGAGCCCAAAGGCCGGGCCACAGCAGGGCCAGAAGACAGGCCCCCAACAAGGCCAGAAGACAGGUCUCCAACAAGGCCAGAAGACAGGCUUCCAACAAGGCCAGAGGACAGGGCCUGGCGCCAUGAAGCCUAAAGAGGAACCAGAGAAAAAGGCCAUGAACACAGUUAAACCAGAGUCAGACGAGGGUCAGGCACAGGAGGGGUUUAGAGCAACGCUGUCCAUGCUGCUGAAACCCGGUGAGAAGACAUACACACAGCGGUGUCGCCUGUUCAUUGGUAACCUGCCCAGCGACAUCACAGAGGAGCAUUUUAAAAAGCUCUUUGCUAAAUAUGGAGAGCCCAGUGAAGUCUUCAUCAAUAAAGGCAAAGGCUUUGGUUUCAUCCGAUUGGAGUCUCGUGCACUUGCAGAGAUAGCAAAGGCAGAGCUGGAUGACACGCCAAUGAGAGGUAGACCUCUGCGUGUCCGGUUCGCCACACACUCUGCAGCCUUGUCUGUAAAGAACCUCUCACCAUUCGUCUCCAAUGAGCUCCUAGAAGAAGCUUUCUCACAGUUUGGAAUGGUGGAGAGGGCCAUUGUCAUUGUAGAUGAUCGUGGGCGUUCCACAGGCAAGGGCAUUGUUGAGUUUGCCUCCAAACCUGCAGCCAGAAAGGCCCUAGACCGGUGCAAUGAGGGCGUUUUCCUGCUCACCACGUCACCAAGGCCUGUUAUUGUUGAGCCUCUGGAACAGUUUGAUGAUGAAGAUGGUCUUCCAGAGAAAUUGGCACAGAAAAACCCCAGAUAUCAAGCAGAGCGGGAGGAACCUCCACGCUUCGCUCGUCCAGGCACUUUUGAGUUUGAGUACUCUAAGCGGUGGAAGUCGCUCGACGAAAUGGAGAAGCAGCAGAGGCAGCAGGUGGAGAAGAACAUGCGGGAGGCCCGUGAGAAGCUAGAGAGUGAGAUGGAGGACGCUUACCACGAGCACCAGGCCAAUCUACUCCGACAAGAUUUGCUGAGGCGACAGGAGGAACUGCGGCGCAUGGAGGAGCUGCACAGUCAGGAAAUGCAAAAGAGGAAGGAGAUGCAGCUCAGACAAGAAGAAGAGCGACGCAGGAGGGAGGAGGAGAUGCUUCGUAAGAGGGAGAUGGAAGAACAGAUGCGCCGUCAGCGUGAGGAGAACUACAGGAUGGGCAACUUCAUGGAUAGGGACAGGGAAAUGAGAAUGGGUGCCGGCGGAGCUAUGGGCAUGGGAGAUAUGCCCUUUGGUGCAUCCAACCAGAAGUUCCCCAUGGGUGGAAUGGGCUUUGAGGGACAGCAGGGAAUGGGACCAUCCUCAGGAGGCUUGAUGGGCAACGAAAUGCGCAAUGAGCGCUUUGCCCAGGGUGGUCCUAGGGGGAUGGGUCCUGGUAACCCUGGUUAUGGCAGGGUCCGUGAGGAGUUUGAUGGUCCUACUAAGAAACCCCGUUUUUAAAUGCUGCUCUUUGAUGCUCCCAGCAGCAACAUUUGUAUAGAUUCUCCAAAACGAACAUGUUGAGUCGUAUUUCCUGUAUUUAAGUUUAAAUUGUUGCUACAUUUUAGCCUGACAAUUUGCUCAUUUUAUGACAAAGUCAAUAUUUUCAUUUUUUAUUUUGUAUUGUCAGUAGUAUGGAAAGGUAGGUCAUCAACUGACCGGUUAGUUCUUUCUGACCCAUGUACGAUUUUCUUUUCUAGAUGUAUUAUGCUCUGUGAGUCGUCGUGAAGUGAUGAUUGUAACAUUUUUCUCAACUUUCUAUGGCUGUGUUUUGUGCCAUACAUUUGCAGUCAAAGCAUGUACUAUAAUAAAGAUAAAUUGGUUCCAUCAGGA